UUUGGUUUUGGAAAGGAAGGGUGUAUGUUUUAUGGUGCCAAAAUAAUUAAAAUUAUGGGGCUGGAGAGGCUUUAACGGUGUUUCUGUGUGUCUGCGCGCGGUGUAAUGGCUCCUCGGUGUCGCUGACGGCGCACUCUCCGUGUUAAUGACGUUAAAAAUGGCCGUUUUUAGCUCCGCGCCGUCGUGUAAACACAGCCUCCGUAUGUCGCGGUGAAGUAUGGACGGGUGGAGCCCAAUCAUCGCUGCAGCCUCGGACAAUGACCGCUCCAGCUCCGAGGGGGAGUACAUGGUGGAGCCGGGACCCGAGGAUGAGCCCCGGGAGGCGGGCAGAGAGCAGCGGGGCAGCCCGGAGAGGAUGGAGCCGGGGGGACCCGCCGCUGUCGGGUUCGGGAUCAGUGGGACCGGGGAGGGGAAGGUGGUGCUGGGUCGGGUCGGACAGAGAGACGAUAAGGAGCUCCGGUACCUGCACCUGCUGUGGGAGCCCGGACGACCGGAGCUGAGUGCCGGUGCAGUGCCGAGCAGGAUGGGGAAGGUGACGGGGAGCCGGGCCCGGAGGCACCACAGAGCCGUCCGGAGCCUCGGUCCUCUGGGGAAAGACAUUUAUGCUGUCAAAAGACUGAGGGAAGCAGCAAACAGCAAUGAUAUAGACACAGUUCGAAGGCUCCUGCAGGAUGAGAUUGACCCCUGUGCAGCAGAUGACAAGGGAAGGACGGCCCUCCAUUUUUCCUCCUGCAAUGGCAACGAGAGCAUUGUGCAGUUGUUGCUGAGCCACGGCGCUGACCCCAACCAGCGAGACAGUCUGGGGAAUACCCCCCUCCAUCUGGCGGCCUGUACCAACCAUGUGCCUGUAAUCACCACACUGCUGAGAGGAGGAGCCCGUGUGGACGCCCUCGACCGAGCAGGAAGGACCCCGCUGCAUCUCGCACGCUCCAAACUGAACAUCCUGCAGGAGGGAGAUUCCCGCAGCCUGGAAACCCUGAGAGGGGAAGUCACACAGAUCAUUCAGAUGCUGAGGGAAUACCUGAACUUAAUGGGCCAGAGUGAAGCUAAAGAGAGGCUGGAGCACAUUUCGACACAGCUGCAGCACACGCGCACCAAAGAGCAGGUGGAUGAAGUCACCGAUUUAUUGGCCAGUUUUACAUCGCUCAGUCUACAGAAGCAGAAUUUGGGGGAUAGGUAGAAGCUGAAGAACAUAGAGAGCUGAAGUCCUGCUUUCUUUUAAGAAAUCAGUUGCACCACUGAUCACGGCCAGACAAGUAAAUGCUGAAGGUUUUCUGUCCAUAUUCCAGACUAAAUAUUUAUCCUCAGAGCUGCUGAGAACAGAAACAUUUAAACUUUGUCAUUUUAACAGCGAUGACACAGUUAUUCUGAGAACCCUUAAUGCGUCAAAGGCCUCAGUUUGGACAUGGUUGUUUUGAUAUUCACAAAAUUUGGGAUGUAUAUUUCUGUCAUCAUUUCGGACAUAUUUCUAAUUGGUUGUCAUAAGCUCCGCCCACUCCAAAGUCUGCCAUUUUGAAUUUUGUGCAUUUUUCAUUAAUUUUAUGCUAACUUUUAGAAAGCCUCCUGAAGGGUUUGUUGGACUCAUUUCAGGUUUGGGUGGUUUAACUCUCUGACUAAUGUGACGAUAAUUUGUGAAGGAAUAGUUGUUAGCUUGAAUGAUGCGGUCAUGUGUGAACACGCCAUUUGAAGAACUUAACAGACGUAAGACAUUUUGAUAGUCUGAUACCCCUUCUCCACCAACAUGAAACUGUUUUUGUUCUUCCACACCUAAUUUCAAACUGUUCAGAGCCUUUUAACCAAAAAUAAAGUAGUUCAGAACCUAAAAAGUUGGUUUUCAGCUGAACAAAUAGCAGGUUUUCCUUGACCUGAAGUGUGAACUGUAAUGACAUCAGUUUGAUGGAAAAAGUUUUUUGAAUGAUUCAACUGAUCCAUCUCAAAUUUGGGCAGCUGAAUCUCGAGACCGUCAAGAUGCCAAAUUGCGAAGCACACAAACACAGCAACAUGACCGAUGCUGUGUUUGUGUGUUCUCUUGCACAUAAGUGAGCUCAGAAAGUGGUAUAAGAUUAGCAAAAGGUCAUUUCCAGCACCACUCACACGAAACCAGAGAUACCAUCUAACUUCAGUGUACAUCAUGUGACUUUCAUGUAAAUGCACGGCUAAGCUGACUGGCAUCGCUCCAGUAUCCCCGGACCUCUGCGAAAGUGUGAGGGCCCUUUUGUUGCUGCUUUCAACUUUGAUUUUGUCAGCAUUUACUGCACCGAUGAGGUUGUAACAGUGUGUAAUGCUGCUGUGCUUACAAUGCUAACAAAAAUCCUGUUGGUUAAAAAGAAAAGAUGCCGUUACUGCAGAUGUUGCAGAUAUCCAUUUAGUACUUGGACCGAAAGGAGUAUUGCAUGUAGGCUUUUCAGAAAAAACUAUAAAGGAAACCCCCGAGGGAAACAUACACUGAGAGCAAGAAGCUGGUGGAGCCGAAACAAACCCAGGAGUGCAGCAGGGCCUCAGCUUUCUAUUGUGUGUGUGUGUGUGUCCUGGUGUGUGUGUGUGUGUGUGUGUGUGUGUGUGUGUGUGUGUGUGUGUGUGUGUGUGUGUGCUGACGUGUUCUCGUCUUGCCUGCCGUUAUUAGCUCAGUUCUCUGGUAAUCAUGAGAUUUUCUCAUGAAAUGAUUCAACAGUCCUCACUGUUGUAUUGUCGGUUUUCUUAUCUACAGCAUCUUUGUAUCUCGUUGCCUUUUUCUCUUGUUUUGCAUGUUAUGUUUGUAUGUGAAACCGUACUG